AAGGGAGUGGCCGCUGCACCGGAGGGGGCCCCGCCGGCAACGUCUCCCAGCCUGGAAUUUCCAAGCAGAAGACAAGCAGCGUCGCCCCUGGGAAGAGCACUGGACUUGGUAUUCCAAAGACUGAGCAGGCAACUUUGGGGCUUCGUUUGGAGGGAAGAACCCUGAUUCUGGCUACUCAGCUCCACGAAAGAAUGGACAAGGAAAGCAAUUCCACUGUCAGCAUGGCCGAAUUUUAUUUGGUGGGGAGAAACCCUUUCGUGGUGCCUCGGUGCCAUGAAAAAAUAGACAAGGAAAGCUAUCCCAUUGUCAGCAUGGCCGGCCAGGGCCCGCUCCAGUUGAUGAAAACCCUUCAAAACUUUUGGAUAAAGAAAGAGAUGCAGAAGUUCAAGGAAGAAGCCAGGCAGGGGUUCGCCGCCCUGGAGGACCCGCUAGCCGGACUCCUGGACAUCUUGGAGAAGGGCCAGAGCUGCAGGGGGAAAGGCCACUCACUGGACUAUUACAUUGCCCUGGAAUUGCAGCAUUGGAUACAGGACCAUCCCGGGAUGGCACAGUCGGGCUUGAGGCUGAAGAAGUUGCAGGCCCGGGUAUUCGGCAUCCUGGCGGACAGCCAGAGCGAUCUCUUCGACCCGCUGAUCCGAAUCUACCGGCUCCACGAAGCCGACCGCAACUAUCUGCUCGGACACGUCAGUCACCUUUACCACAACGGCAAAUACAAAGAGGCAAUUGUGCUGAGCACCAAGCUCAAAUUACAGCCAGAUUUAGAUAUUGAGAAGAUGUGCAGCCCACUGAUUCUGCAAGAUAAGAUGAACCUGGUUGAAGAUUACGUGUCGGGAAAUCCCGACCUGCAGGGCAAACUCGUACAGAUUCUGGACUCCUGGUGUCACCCCAGCUUCAAUACGAGCGUCAUUAUAAGAGAGUAUCAAAGCCCUAUGUCCUCAAGAGUGGAUAAGCUGAACCAGAAAACGCUGAGUAAAUUCAUCUUCCGCCUCCUGGAACAGUACAGUCUGGACCCAGAGCUCUGCCCCAAUGUCAUAAACCAGCGGCACCUGAGAUCCCUGAGAUACCUUUUCUACAAGAGGUUUGUUGAGAAAAGCAUGACUCAGGAGAACUGGACAGACCACAUCCAGAACACAGUGGGGGGAAACAUUUGGCUUCAAGAGCAGCUGAUUCAGCUCCUGGUCAGUUACUCCGAUGUAACCACGGCGGCCCUUUGGGCUCUGAAAUACCACCUCCCCGAUAAAUCACUCCCCAAUGGGAUAGCAGAGGAGCGGCAGAAACUCAAGGACCAGGAGAGGGACGAAGUGGACGACGGCAGAAAGAGUGACCACGAAGAGGCCCGAAGGCAAGACUAUUACCAACUGCCCAUUCCUCAGGAGAACGUUCAUUUUCUCAAAUCCUGGGAGGAAGUGGCCAGGUGGAAGGAUAUGGUCCUGCAGGCCGGGCAGGUGGUGGGGAUAGACAUGGAGUGGAAACCGUCCUUUGGAGCGGUCCGGAAGCCCCGGGUUUCCAUCCUGCAGAUGGCCGUGGAAGGGCACGUCUUCCUGUUGGACCUGCUGGAGUUCUCCAAGCCGGAAGACCGACGCGGGGAGGAGGAGGAGGAGAACAAGGCGUUUGCUCACUUCCUCCAAGAGCUCUAUUUGAACCCCUCCAUAACUAAACUAGGUUAUGGAAUGUUGGGAGACCUGCGUAAUUUAGCGUCUUCGGGACCUGCCCUCCGGAAUCUGGCUACGCAGGUUCAAGGCAUUCUGGACCUCUUCCAAAUAGAUAAGCAAUUGCAGAAGUGUCCCGGUCAGCAGAAGAAGAGUUCCUGCCCGGUGGACGUCCUGGCCCAAGAGCCGGGCCCCGAGGCAAGAGGGGCGAAGCAGGCUGAGAAAGGACUGAGCCUGCUGGUUCGACGCGUCCUGGGGAAACCUCUCGACAAAGCCGAGCAGUUGUCGGACUGGGAGAGGCGACCCCUCCGGCCGGCACAGAUCCUCUACGCCGCUUCCGACGCCUACUGUCUGUUGGAGGUUUUCCGGGCCCUGUGUGACGAUCCAGCCCGCUUUGGCCUCAGUGUGGACCUCAAGGAAGUAGUCCAGCUGAAUAUGAUCGCCAGAGGCCCCCGGCUCAUCAGUCAGCCCAAACGGCCACCUUCAUCCACACAAGAAUCCAAAGCCGCGGACGACGGCAGCCCUCCCGUGUCCCCGGCGGCAAUUUCCCCACGGGAUUUCAGCGUGGUUUGCGACAACAUGCUCCAGGGGACGGGCCGCUACCUCCGCUGCUUAGGGGUGGACGUCCUCAUCCUGGAGAACGGCGACGACCACAGGAAGGCGGCCGAGAUCGCUCGGCAAGAAGGAAGAGUUAUCUUAACCGCCGGAAUACCGUUUCAGACACUGAAGUCCCAGGUGAGAGAAGGACGAUGCUACGCGGUGAACACCUGCAGCAAGGCGAAGGAGCAAACCCUGAAAGUCCUGAAACACUUCAACGUCCGCAUUUCCCUCUCCGACGUGUUCAGCCGCUGUCAGGCGUGCAACUGUGAUGAGUACCUGAAGAUCUCCAGGGAGAAGAUGAGGCAACUGAUGAAGCUCAGCGGCCACGGAGCCGAGGAAAACGGGCCGGGAAAAUCCGCCCGGCCCCAGGUGGGCCGCGGAAACCAUCUGGGGACUCCGUGUCCACCACCGGGCUGCCCGGCGGAAACCACGGAGAAACGGGAUCGGGACCCGGCCACGACGGAAGCCCCGGCCAACCGGCUUCCGAGCGAUGGCGGCCACCGCGGCUGCCCCUGGUUGGAGGAGUCGGCCCUGAACACCGAGUCGCUGACCCUUAGCAACGGGACGUCCCUGCAGGCCUGGGCCAUCCCCGAGGGACUUCUCCACAGGGAAGAUUUGACACAUUUCUACUGUUGCACGCGGUGUGGCAAGGUCUUCUGGGACGGCUCUCACUUCGACCGGCUGGUCUCCCAGUUCCGGGAGAUCUUGUGAGGGAGAGGACGGGCAGAGGGUCUCCGGCGGCCGAGUCGAGGGGGCUCAGGGCUGGCGGGCGUCCGUCGAAGCCAACUGGUCCUCGGGGAGAGGGAUAAGAGAGCCACCCCUCUGUCCCUCUAGUCGUUGGCCCUGGGAGAAGCCGGAGACGGAAAUUUGGUCCGGUUUCGGGUUUACACGUUGGACUCGAGGAUGGGGACGCGUGUUGGGUUCACGGGGCGGGUGUUUGUGCUGUUUUUGGUAAAGGGUUCAUUAAAAUGGAUGUCCAGCAGCUGGAAGCUG